AUGAAAACAUCACAGAUAGUAAUUUUCACAGCUGGAUUCGGAUUGGGAGCAAUGUUCGGAUAUUACAUAUCAAAGAGAUGGAGCGAAACAGAAGAACAGGAUCAUGAAACAGAACAAGAAAUAGACGAAGAAGCAAAUGGUGAAAGAAAUAAUGAAAUGGCUUCACAAAUGGAUGAAAAAGAGAAUGAAGCAGGCGCAGAAAUGAAUGAACAAAUGAAGACCGAAAAAGUAAAUGAAAAGAAUGAUGCUACAGAACAAGAAAUUGAUGAAGUAAAUGAAAAAAGAAACAAUAAAAUGGAUGAUAAACAAAUGGAUGAAAUAGAGAAUGAAGCAGAUGCAGAAAAGAAGAAACGAAUGAAGACUAUAAAAGAUGAAACAGUGAAUGAAAAGAAUGAUGCUACAGAACAAGAAAUAGAUGAAGCAAAUGAAAAAAGAAACAAUGAAAUGGAUAAACAAAUGGAUGAAAAAGAGAAGGAAGCAGGCGGAGAAAUGAAGGAACGAGUGAAGACUGAAAAAGUGAAUGAAAAGAAUGACGAUAAAGAGCAAGAAAUAGAUCAAGUAAAUGAAAAAAGAAAUAAUGAAAUGAUAAUACACAUGAUUGAAGAACUAAAGAACAAAGCUGGUAUAGAAAUGAAUGAACGAAUGAAGACAAAAAAAGAUGAAAAAGUAAAUGAACAAACGGAAAAAGAUAGUGACCACCGCGCACAUAGUUCUGAAGAAAACUUCAAACAAAUGGAUGAGUUCUGGUUGCAGUCCAUUGAAAGAGCAACACAAAGAGGCAGAAACACCAUGAAAGAGUUAAGAGAAGACUUAAUUGAUUUCACUGAGGAGGCCAGCCAAAUAGCAAAAAAUAUUGAUCCAGAAGAUUCAGAAGAGUAUUUUUCUUGUGACGAAGAGUAA